AUGGCCUCCCCUGCUUUUGAAACCAACAGACCAACUGAACAAGAGGUACUGCUAUCUCGCCUUCUCGAGAAAACCUUACGUCGUUCUGCGGCUCUCGAUACUGAAUCCCUCUGUCUGAUUGCUGGUCAGAAAUGCUGGUCCGUCCGCGCAGACGUUCACAUUUUGUCGCAUGACGGAAACCUCAUUGAUGCAUCAUGCAUUGCUAUAAUAGCGGCAUUACAGCACUUCAAAAAACCAGAUACGAGCACAGAGGGUGAAACGGUGACUGUCUACACACUAGCGGAGCGAGAGCCUGUGCCCUUGAGCCUUUUACACUUCCCACUCUGCGUAACAUUUUCGUUCUAUGGAAAGGGUGAAGAGCAGGUUAGACUACUCGAUACUACGUUGUUGGAAGAACAAUUGAGGGAGGGGAGCUGUACCAUUAGUAUGAACCGACAUGGAGAAGUUUGCCAAAUCGCCAAGCUGGGUGGUAUAGCAGUUGAUGCCUUGGAGUUGUUACAGUGUACGAACAUGGCGCUGGAGAAAGUCAAGGAUAUAUCUGCAUAUAUCACAAAGAGGCUGCAAGAAGACUCGAGGAGAAGAGAUAAGGGAGGACUCAUGGCUGAGCUUAGAGCAGAUAAUUCAAGAUGA